CUUGCCGUAGUUGACUAGUUGCUAGCACAAGAGGAGAAAUAUGUAUUCACGUCAACAACAACAAAAACAAAGUUUGUGAAAGCAGCUUCAAGCUUAGCAAGUCAUCCAGUCCUUGCUCAAACGCAAGAAUCAGCGAGGCUGUCAGUCGCGCGUCAGGGGAGGAUGAUUCUCGCUGGACUCUGUCUUCUUCUGCCUCUUCUAGAUGUGCUGCACGGGGCCGAGGAGGGCGCACGGGCGUCGCGCAUGGACUGCGUGCGGGCCAGCGAGCAGUGCCUGAAGGAGGCGGCGUGCAGCAGCAAGUACCGUACCAUGCGGCAGUGCGGCGCGGGCGCGGGCAAGGAGGGCAACUUCAGCAGCGUGGCGCGGCGCGAGGCUCAGGACGAGUGCCGCAGCGCCGUGGACGCGCUCAAGCGGAGCCCGCUGUACAACUGCCGCUGCAAGAGAGGCAUGAAGAAGGAGAAGAACUGCUUGCGCAUCUACUGGAGCAUCUACCAGACCUUACAAGGUAACGACUUUUUGGAGGAUUCUCCCUACGAGCCCGUCAACAGUCGCUUGUCGGACAUUUUCCGCCUGGCCCCCAUAAUCGAGGGCGCCGAAGCUUGGAGCGGCUCAGCCACUUUGUCACCGGUGAAGGGGGUGGACCGGGCCAGGGGACCCGCGCUGGCCCGGGGAGGGCCCUCCCCAACAGACCUGCAGGAUCCCAGUAGAAACAGGAGGGCCCACCCCAACUGGGCUAUACUGGGGGAGCCGGCAGUGGCCCGGGAGAACAACUGCCUGAACGCGGCCAAGGCCUGCAACCUGAACGACACGUGCAAGAAGUACCGCUCGGCCUACAUCAGCCCGUGCACCAGCCGGGUCUCCACCGCCGAAGUUUGCAACAAGAGGAAGUGCCACAAGGCCCUCAGACAGUUCUUCGACAAGGUCCCCCCCAAGCACAGCUACGGGAUGCUGUUCUGCUCGUGCCCGCUCAUCGACCAGACGGCGUGCUCGGAACGCCGGCGUCAGACCAUCGUGCCCGUCUGCUCCUACGAGGAGAAGCAGAAGCCCAACUGUCUGGAGCUGCAGGCCGCGUGCAGGACCAACUACAUCUGCAGGUCGCGUCUGGCCGACUUCCUCGCCAACUGCCAGUCAGAGCCGCGCUCGCUGUCGGGCUGCCUGAAGGAAAACUACGCCGACUGCCUGCUGGCCUACUCGGGCCUGGUCGGCACGGUGAUGACGCCCAACUACCUUCGCUCCCCCAGGAUCAGCGUGUCCCCGUACUGCGACUGCAGCAACAGCGGCAACAGCAAAGACGAGUGCGACAAGCUGGCCACUUUCUUCACAGACAACACGUGCCUGCGCAACGCCAUCCAGGCCUUCGGCAACGGCACGGACAUGGGCGCGUGGCAGCCCGUGUCGCCCGGCCAGACCACCACCGCCAUCACGUCGCCGUACCAACGCAAUGGCGGCAACAGCCUGGACAACCACAUCAACGCCGACCCCGGAAUAUACACUUUCUGCGGAAGUCUGCAGGCUCAGAAUCUGAAGUCCAACUCCAGCGUUGACAGCAUCUUCUGCGUGGACCCCCAGAUGGACGGUCCCAGCACGUCCAACGCCAUCGUGAAGAAUUCGUCCGCGUGCCGACGACCCGCCGGGGCGACGCGUCUGCUGCCCCCGCUGCUGUGGCUGUGGUACUGCGGCCGUCGUCUCGCGUCCUCGCCGGGCGACUUGUAG